AAUGACAUGGAGUGGGCACUCCAAGUUCAGGGUACCUGGAUCCCAUCUCCAACUGGGCACCCUAAGAGCUGUUUUUUGUUUCCCUGUUCCUUGCCAUCUUAGCUCAAGACAGUCAUUUCUCUGAAGACCCAAGAGUAAAAGAUGGGCAGUUGGAAAAUGGAAGGGUUCAGCCCCACGAAAGGAAAAUGUACACUGUGGCAGAAUGAUGCCUGAAUACUAAGUCUAACAUAUCAUAUCUGACCAAUGCUGACUCCACCUGGGUUCUGUGUGAGCCAUGGUUCUAGGGGGAUGUAAAGCUGAUCAAGAUACAGCUCCUGACCUCAAGGAACUUGAUGUUCUAAAAGGGAAACAAGGCGAGAACAUGACUUACUUAGAUACAAUGCCAGAGACAUACAAACGAAUGAAUAUGGGAAUUCUGUGAAAGGAAAGGUGUGGAGAGAAGGACUGGGCAUUGCAGGAAAAAUCUGGGAAGCUUCAUCCAAGAUGAGUGUUGGGUUCUGAGAACUGGAGAUGAGAGAAGGCCAUGUUAGGAAUAAGGAACAGCAUGGCCGGAUGCUUUGAAGAGGGAAAAAGAAGGAUAUAGUUGGUAAGGGGUCUAAUUUGGCCAGAAUGUGAGGUAUGUACAAAGCUAGUAAAGGAAGAAGUUAUAAAGGUGGGUUGAGUUCAGAGCAUGGACCACCUUCAAUGCCAAGCUAAAGAGUUUACAUAGAUUUUGGUAGGGUGGAAGAAAAGGCCUGAAUGAGCAUGGAGCGCAGGCUCACACCUAUAAUCCCAGCACUUUGGGAGGUCAAGGCAGGCAGACCACUUGAGUCCAGGAGUUUGAGGCCAGCUUGGGCAACAUGGCGAGACAUCUUCAUCUCUACAAGAAAAAAAAAAAAAAAAAAAAAGCUGCAACAUCUCUACAAGAAAAUAAAAAAGUUAGCUAGGUGAGGUGAUGCGUGCCUCUAGUCCCAGCUGCUAGGGAGACUGAGGUGGGAGGAUUGCUUGAGCCUGGGAGGUCAAGGCUGCAGUGAGCUGUGAUCACACCACUGCACUCCAGUCUGGGCAACGAGUGAGAGCCUGUCAAAAAAAAAAAAAGAAAAAAAAAAGCCUGAAUUCUAAGAGAGGAAUGAGGGAUAUAACGAAAAGAGACAAAGACAAAAGGAGAGGUUGCUUGGGUACCACUGCCAAUCCCUUGGAGGGACAGGUCCAACCUGUCUCUGUCCCAGCCCCAUCUGCAUGAAGAGACCCAUUGCAGUGUUACCUUCCACGUGCCUGGGGCAGAAUGCGAAUUGAGAAAUCCGAGGCAAAUGAGGAACAGUCCAUGCCUCCCCCUCCCAGAGCCCCGGGGGUGGGCGACAGGAUCUGGGGGUGAGUCAGUGGGGUGGGGACCCCAUUUCUGUGCUCAUCUGCCUCCUUGGCAAUAUAAAGAGCAAGCACUGAGGCCCCGCCUCAGAGCACCCCAAACUUGACGCCAUGAAGAUCCCGGUCCUUCCUGCCGUGGUGCUCUUCUCCCUCCUGGUGCUCCACUCUGCCCAGGGAGCCACCCUGGGUGGUCCUGAGGAAGAAAGCACCAUUGAGAAUUAUGCGUCACGACCCGAGGCCUUUAACACCCCGUUCCUGAACAUCGACAAAUUGCGAUCUGCUUUUAAGGCUGAUGAGUUCCUGAACUGGCACGCCCUCUUUGAGUCUAUCAAAAGAAAACUUCCUUUCCUCAACUGGGAUGCCUUUCCUAAGCUGAAAGGACUGAGGAGUGCAACUCCUGAUGCCCAGUGACCAUGACCUCCACUGGAAGAGGGGGCUAGCGUGAGCGCUGAUUCUCAACCUACCAUAACUCUUUCCUGCCUCAGGAACUCCAAUAAAACAUUUUCCAUCCAA